UUUUUUUAUUGUCUGUGCUCGCAUGAAUGAAGUUUGUCGUGUUGUUUACUCGCAGUUUACGUAAAUAUUUUGUGCUCAAAGUAGUGUUACUUUUACAAAAUAAUAUUAAAUGCUGUGAAUUUAACUUCGGAAACGUUGAAAUUUUAAGAUAAUGUUGUGUUAACUCUCCAUUUCUGGGACGUAAAUCCUUAAAACUUUUCAUUGGGUAACCUCGAAAAUUUGCAAAAAACAUGGGUGGAAAGGCUGAAAAGGGUACUCCAAAGUACAUUGCGAACAAGAUAAAGGCUAAGGGCUUGCAGAAAUUGCGAUGGUACUGCCAAAUGUGUCAGAAACAAUGCCGAGACGAAAACGGAUUCAAAUGUCAUACCAUGUCUGAAUCGCACCAAAGGCAGCUUCUACUAUUUGCUGAUAACGCCAAUAAAUACAUAGACGAGUUCUCCAAGGAGUUCGCUGAUGGAUAUUUGGAACUCCUUCAUCGUCAGUUUGGUACUAAAAGAGUCAAUGCCAAUAAAGUCUACCAGGAGUACAUUUCUCACAGAGACCAUCUUCACAUGAACGCAACACAAUGGGAGACCCUCACAGAGUUUGUGAAAUGGUUGGGUCGUGAAGGGAAAUGUGUGGUCGAUGAGACAGAGAAGGGAUGGUUUGUAGCCUACAUAGAUAGAGAUCCUGCUGCAAUAGCUGCUCUUGAAGCUAAAGCUAAGAAAGAGAAGAUGGAUAAGGAUGAUCAGGAAAGGAUGUUAGAAUUCAUACAGAAGCAAGUGGAACGCGGUAAGAAGCAGGGCUCCGCUGACGGCCCAACGUAUUCUGAGUUCAAGAGAGAAAGCAGCCAGGAGAAGGUUGUUCUUAGUUUGAAGAGAAAGGCUGAAGAAAAGAAAGCGGAACCGCUACCAGUUUCAGCUCUGAAAUUAAAAGAGAAGAUCAAAGAAGAAAGUUCUAAGAAGCAGAAGAUAGAAGAUAAUAAAAUCAAGCAGUCUGCGCUCGAUGAGAUUAUACAGAUGCAGGAACGUGCGAAAGAGAGAGCUAAUAGAAAGGACUACUGGCUCUGCGAAGGGAUCGUGGUGAAGAUAACUACUAAAUCUCUAGGCGAUAAGUUCUAUAAGAAGAAAGCUGUUGUUGAGAAAGUCGUUGACAAGUACUGCGCUCACGUUAAACUUACCGAUGAAACGACUAGGAUUAAAUUGGAUCAGAAUCAUCUAGAAACAGUUAUACCGUCAAAGGGCCGGUCCGUCCGUUUCGUGAAUGGCGCAUACAGGGGCUGCACCGGACAACUUAGGGAUAUUGAUAUAGACAAUUAUUGUUGUGAUGUCGAGAUUUCAGAAGGACCUUUAACUGGUCGCGUUGUGAAAGGAGUUCAAUAUGAAGAUAUCAGCAAGUUGGCUUCGUGACAGGACCCAUACAUUUAAGUUUAACUCCAUCUAGCGACCAAAACUGUACCUUUCGGAGUUUAAGUUACAUACUAGAUGGCGCUAAUGUAGCGUAUGGUCUAUCUAUACUCAUUGUAGAUGUCUAAAUUGAAUUUGGCAGUUUCCUAGGUUAAAAAUUGAUUAUGUCUCUUUAUAUUAAAGAGAUCGU